AUGUCGAUUCUACCUUCCAGCAAACCUAUCCGCCCUUCCCCUGCACAGCACCGAUCCACGCUCAAGCGAUCUAUCGACGAGACUCAGUUGAUGCAAACACCGUCGAGCCCUUCUAAGCGGAGUCGUGUGACUUUCGACUCUGACGUUGAGAUAGUGUCCGCGGAUGAUGAGGCGGUGCCGGAUCCCUCCGUGGUCAAGGAACAGGUCAGAAGAGCUAUUGAGAGACACAGACUAGGAGCCAACGAAACGUACGAGCGCGUGCGGGCGGUUUUCAGCACCGACCCAGAGAAGCCUAAUGCUCCCUCCACGAAAAAUCUGCGAAUACACCUACAGGCUAUUUUGGCGAAUGUUGCUCUCUUGACCAAGGAUUCUAGCAGCCUGGUCAACACCAUUCUCUACAGCGAGUGGGUCGGACGGGAUGAUGCCUACUAUGCGCUGUUUGUUCGAUUCCUGGGAAAUCUGGCCGCGGCUCAGUCCGGCUUCCAGAGCAAGAUUAUGCAGAUGCUCGUCGAACUGCUUGGGCCUCAGAAGACUCGCAGGCUACCGGAUUGCAGAGCAGUGAAGCAACCAAAGAUCCACAAGCGCAUUCUUGAGGCAAUUCGACACGUAACCGUCAAUGUUCCGGCAUCCCCUAGCGCCCUUGCCGACAGAAUUGCCGUUCGUUUGCAAUUCGAAUUCAAGGUGGCCGAAGACCGAAUGACGUACAUUCGAAACUUCAUGUCGAUGAUCAACUACGUUCCUGAACUCACAUCUCAGAUUUUGACGGAUGUUUUACGAGAACUUAUCAAAUUGGAUGUCCAGAUCCAAGAUAACCUGGACGAUGAGGACGACGACGAGGAGGAGCUUCUCCAACACAUGUCUUCUUCCCAGACUUUGUUGUUCCAGUCAUCACAGACCAAGAUCGAACCUGCGAGCGAUGAUGACGACAUUACCACCAGCGACGAGUCAGACGUGGAGGACGAGAGAGACGAUGAGAUGACCCCAGAGGAUCUGCGAAGGCACAAACUGAGGGAGAAUGUCAAGCAAGUUGACAUGAUCAUGGACAUCCUUUUCAGCUAUUACGACAAACUCAUCCAGUCCAGCUCUCUUGAGGUGCGACACAACACGAUCCAACAACUCGUCAGCCAGUUCCACAACUACAUCUUACCCACCUAUGGAGCUCGACACCCGCAGUUUCUAGUCUUCCACUUCGCCCAGUCCGACGAGAUUACUGUCGAUAGCUUCGUUGUGUCCUGCGUCGACAUUCUAGUGAACAAGAAGCAUAGUUCGAUCAUUCGACACGCCGCAGCCGCAUACUUUGCAGGUUUUGUGGGCAGAGGGGCCAAAGUCUCUUCCACGGUUGUUCAUGACUGUGUAGAUCUCUUAUGCGACCAGUUGAGACUUCUCCAGAAGACGUUUGAGCCACAAUGCUUAGGUCCCGACAUUAAGAAGUUCGGGGAUUUCUAUGCAGUGUUCCAAGCCAUCCUCUAUAUCUUCUGCUUCCGGUGGCGCGACAUUGCCACUUCUUCGUCAGAACUCGACUUCUACGACGACAUUGACGACCAAGAGCACGAAGAGUAUCAGUUCUCGGAGCUGCUGCGUGAGUCUUUGCAUGCGGCGAUUUUCUCACCUCUCAACCCACUACGGGUUUGUACUCCAGUCAUUGUCGAGCAAUUCGCCAAUCUGAGUCAAGCGCUGUCAUUGUUUUCUCUCUUCUCUAAGAUUGAAGAGAACAAGCACGUCAGAAUAAUGAGCCACUGGAGAGGUAUGUCUGAUUUGAACAUCAGCCAACCUGAUCGAGAUCAAAGCUGGAUUGGUGAUGACGGCAUGCUUGAAGGAUAUUUUCCCUACGAUCCCUAUCAUCUACCUAUCAGCCGACACUGGAUCGAGGAUGAUUAUGUUGAGUGGAAGGGCAUCCCAGGGGACGAAGAAGAAGAAGACUCGGAAGACGAAGGUAUGGAUCUGAUCGCGGACGGGGACUUGAGUGAUGAUGAUGCUUGA